AUGCUAGAAGAUGUUCCUUACUGGCUUUGGGCCUUGUUUGCGGUAUAUUUGAGUACUCCUGUACUGGUAUACUGGGUGGUACCAUACAUCUGGUACCACGAUAAGUCAAGGAAGAAAAGGAUAGCGUUAUGCUUGCUGGGUGAUAUUGGGCACUCUCCAAGGAUGUGCUGUCAUGCAACUUCAUUUAGUCAGCAAGGAUGGGAGGUUGAGCUGUGCGGGUACCUCGAAGAGCUUCCUCCUACGACUAUACUAGAAGACCCUGGUAUAAACAUUCGUAAAAUACCACUGUGGAGUGAUACUUAUAAGGAAAGGUCCUUUGUGAUUAAUGCGGUACUGAAGAUUUGGUUUCAGUUAUGGCAUUUGACGAAGAUGUUUUGGCAGUUACGUGGAUGCGACUAUAUAAUGCUACAAAACCCGCCUAGUAUUCCUAUUUUGCCGUUAGCAGUAAUAUUCAAAGCAAUUACCCAGUCUAAGCUAAUUAUUGAUUGGCACAACUUUGGAUAUUCGAUAUUGCAGCUUCGUUUUCGUUCUUUCUACCAUCCCGUUGUGUUCACUUCGUAUAUGGUUGAAGCGGCCUUUGGCCAUGCGGCAGACUAUCACUUCACUGUUACAUCUGCCAUGAAGGAUUACGUUGUUGCUAAGAUGAGGUUCUCAAAGAAACGAGUCUCUGUUUUGUAUGACAAACCGUCGGAUCGGUUUGCCCCGCUGCCCGCCGAGGAUAGAGACGCAGCGCUGCAGCAAGACUUCGUUAAAGGAUAUAUUCCAGAGGGUUUUAGUAUUUCCAAGGGUGACGUGAUCUUUGUUACAUCGACAUCAUUUACUCCAGAUGAAGAUUUAUCUGUGCUGAUUGGUGCAUUGAAGUUAUACGAAGCGUCGGCGAAGAAGGACCAUAAGACUCUGCCACGGAUCCUGGUAUUCAUAACUGGUAAAGGACCCAUGAAAGACAAAUACGUACAGGAGGUGCUAGAAUACGAGUGGCAGCUUUGCCGUAUCGAAUUUUUAUGGCUGAAAGCCGAUGAUUACCCAAAACUUUUACAACUAUGUGACUAUGGUGUUUCUUUACAUACUUCAAGCAGCGGUCUAGAUCUACCAAUGAAAAUUCUUGAUAUGUUUGGCUCUGGGCUACCGGUCCUUGCUAUGCAAUAUCCAGUACUUAAGGAAUUACUGCAACAUAACGUUAAUGGGUGGGUAUUCAAAACUAGACAAGAAUUGUACGAAACACUGCUCAUUGCGGUGAAACAUUCCAAGGACAAAGCUAGGUUAAAGGAUACUGUCAUUAGUGAAGGUAAGUGCAGGUGGGAUGAAACCUGGAGCAAGGCCAUGAAGGUGAAUAAACUUAUACCUUAG